UUACCUACACAAUGAACUCAUUCAAGAAUACACUCUUAACUUAUCCAUCAUCUCCAGCAGGCUCCAUUAGUAUAAAAGAAUUAUAAUCCAUCUGGCAGUUGCUGGGUAUAUAAUCAGAACGUCCUAGGGAAAGUGAGCGUGCCUCUCAGCCCCUUUUUAUGCAACAUUUGUAAUUUUUCCACACAAAUAAUGCAGGGACUUGGCCUUGACAGAAUAUCAAUAAUGAAUAUAAUAAAAUGAAUUAAAUUUUAUUGUUGAAAUAUUUUUACGUCCCAAAUCAAUGUAUGGUUGAGAAAACAUAAAACCACAUCGAUUAAAAGUUCAUAGUACAUUCUCAUUAAUACCUAACACCAGGAUUAUGAGUGUCUUAAUUGAGGAAUUUGGCAAAAAUGUCUGGAAAAAAUAUGCAAGAACAGCCAUUUUAAGUCAUUCUUAAUAUACAACAAUGACUUGUUUCUUUGUGAUGAUUGCUGUCAAUAAAAUUAUGAAUUAUAUUUGCAGUUUUGUAACCAGGAAGUGAUUUAAACAAAUCUGAGUUUUAUUUAUCUCUGAUAAAAUAUCUUCAAAGUAAAUGCUCAACUAUGUAAUACAUGAAAAAAAUGUUGCAAAGGAUGUUUGUUUUACCAUUGCAAAAUAUUAAACCGCAAAAAAUAUUAAAAAAUAUAUUUUGAAACACUUAAAUUGUUACCCUUUCCAAUUAAGCCCUUUUUAAAUUUAGUAUUGUGGCAGGCCCCUAGAGGGACUCACUCAGUCAAGAAAACUGACAAGAAAACCACUCACCCACAAGGACUCUUAUAUAAGCUAGGGAUAAUUUAACCUUUCAGCCUUUUUUAGCUCAACUAUUGGAAGACUAUGGAGAGCUAUAUACUACUCACCAUGGUGUCGGCUUCGGCUUCACACCUUUGUUAAGGUUUUGCAUGUAAGCACCUUUAUCUCAGUAAAUACAUCAUUUAUUGCAUUGAAACUUUGGACAUGUAUUCCCAACUAUCAAACCUACUAAAUUAAUGAAAUUAGAUGACACUUAUUUGAAUAUAAUGCAAAUAAUUAUUAUUGCCUUUAGGCCACACCAAAUUGAUAUUUCGUUUCACGGAUUUACCGCUCCUAUUUUUUGGAAAAUGUAAAAAAAAGCCUUUAUUUUUAUUUUUUUGUGCCCCCGCACCUCCAUUUUGAUCGCCAAGCAGUUUUUUAACAGGUGGCCCCGCAGUGCCUAGUGAAUGUGGUUUUGUCUUCAUAUUGAAAAUAGUCGGGAAUUGGCCUCAUAUUAUUACACAGAUUUGAAUUCCAGUCAUUCAAUCAGUGACCCAUCCCAGCUGUCAAAAUGUCACAGAUGAACUCCAUACUUGCUGGAAUGCAAACUACAUUGCAGUAUGAUCACUUCAAGGGUGUAUUGUAUCCUCUGGAUUUUGGGGACUAUUCUUCAACUAAACCUCAAACAUUCAAAUCAUUGGUAGAGAUUGUGGCAGAUUUCGUUGUAAAAGACUCUACUAUGACUCUUCAUGCAUUAGAAAUGAUGCCACAGGAAAUAAUCACAGUGUUAAUGCAGCAAGCCCUGGAGGGUAAUCGAGACAGAGCGGUUGAUGUUUUACUCACAAAAUGGCCUCUGACCACAUUGAAUUUAAAUAAAUUUGCUCCAAACAUUUUCAAUAAUUUGAGCAUACUCCACAGUCAUUUAGAACUGACAAAGACAGCGAAGCAAGGACUGAGGUACACUACCUGCAUUGCCCAUAAUUUUCUGGAGACGUUAAAGCGGAAGUGUGAUACAAGGUUGAAAUAUGUUGAUAUUUCUGGCUACCCAACUGCCGAGGUGAUAACGUACUACCUGGCGACCCACUGUAUGUUAGCCCACAAUGAGGCAAGGCAGAAUAUGAUGAUACGGAAAUAUGAAGAGGCCAUAAAACUACUGCCUGAAGAGGAGUCAAAUGGAAAACUAGAGAGGUUCACUACUGACCAGUCACUACCGGAUGACCACUUUGCUGUGAAGUUGGAUGUGUUUAUCAGCUCAGAAGCCGCCCUGUAUGAGCUAUGUAAGGCGCUCAAGGUGUCUGGAUUCCGAGAGAGCACCCUGCGGCUCAUUGUCAACAAGCUGGACGCCACAUGCCUUGGUUCUGGCAAGAUCGACAUUCUCCUGGAACAAAUCAACCCAGAGCAUCUGCAGAGCCUAAGCCUGAAGUACAACUCCAUCAGCAGCGGUGAGAUGAUGAAGCUGUGUCCUCUGAUAGGGCAGCUGACCAGAAUCACAACGAUAGACCUCUCCAGUAACAUGAUCAGUCUUAUGGGAGACAACUCUGAAUUAUGUGAUAAACUUAGCGGCAUGUUUACCUCCCUUGUGCAUCUCAUCAGGCUGGACCUGAGCAACAACAUCUUGAGAGGAAAACUGAGGUCUAUAUUGACGUGUGUGGUUCUGCCGCUGCAGUAUCUCGGAGUAGAGAAUUGUGGACUGACUGCGGUGGAUAUCGCUUACCUGUCUUACUCACAUCAUUCCAACUCCAUGCAAGAGCUUGCAUUGAGUAACAACAACCUCAGACAUUGUUCGUCAAGUUUCAUUGCCUUAUUAAGGAACCUUAAAUCAUGUGUUAAGCAUUUAGAAAUCGAAAACUGUAGCCUGACAGACCAUCAUACUGAAAGUCUUGCACAAAGUGUGCAGACGUUGAUUGAGUUGGUGUACCUGAAUCUUCGGUACAAUGCGUUUACCAGAAGUAGUCUAUGUCAGGUAGGUGUUUCAGCAGGAUCGCUCAGCAAGCUGCAAUAUUUAAGAGUCUCGUACGCUACUGACUGUUAUGACAGUGACCUUUUGGACGACGAGCAGGAGGAAUUGAAGAAAGAGUUUGUCAACCAUCUUGGGGCGAUUGUUUUCAACGAACAGAAGAAACUUGAACUCAGCGAUAAAGUUCUCAAUGUGGUAUUCUCAGAACUGUUUUGAAGUUUGUUUUAUUUAAAAAUAUUCAUCACAGCAGUUUUUUCUGAAGUUGAUUUUUAGCUCUACUGGCCAAAGGCCAGAAGAGCUUCUGCGAUGGUAAUGUGUACGUAGUAUGUGCAUCCGUGCGUCCGUGCGUUCGUGCGUCUGUAAACAAUUGCUUGUGAACACGAUACAGUCUUCAGUUUUGAUUUUAUCUUGAUGAAACUUGUACAGUAUCUAGAUAUCCAUUAGAGCUUGGUUCCUUUCGAAAACCAGCCAGAUCCGCCCAUGCAUGCCUAGAUUAUGGUCCUUGAUAGUAUAAAAAAAUGCUAUUGUGUAAACAAUUGGUUGUGAACACGAUACAGUGUUCAGUUUUGAUUGUAUCUCGAUGAAACUUGUACAGUAUCUAGAUAUCCAUUAGAGCUCGGUUCCUUUCGAAAACCAGCCAGAUGUGCCCAUGAAUGCCUAGAUUAUGCAUGCCUAGAUCAUGGCCCUUGAUAGUAUAAAAAAAAUGCUAAUGUGUAAACAAUUGCUUGUGAACACGAUACAGUCUUCAGUUUUGAUUUUAUCUUGAUGAAACUUGUACAGUAUCUAGAUAUCCAUAAGAGCUCGGUUCCUUUCGAAAGCCAGAUCCGCCCAUGAAUGCCUAGAUUAUGGGCCAUGAAAGUUUUAAAGAAAUGCUUUCUAUUUUUAGCCAGGUCUGCAUGAGCGAAUUCUAUUUUUAGCCAAUUUUACAUGUAUAUGUAAAUUCAAGUCUAGAGUUAAGGGAGACAAUUUGCAAGUCUAAGAUUUUGAGAGACAAUUUGCUUUUUGCUUUUGCAGUUGAUUUUGUGAAUUACUCUGCCUUGUUCUUGUUGAAAGCCCAAAGGCCAUUUUUUAGCUUUAAGUUCUGUAGUUUGCGCAUUCAUCUUAACAAAAUUGGUUGUGAAUGUUUAAGUUAUGCACCUGGUGUCAUUACUGGCCACACCCAGGGUUCACAGGUUUGGUAAACAUAAAUCUGGAAAGGUUUGAAAAUCUUUUUGUGUGUUCGUGCAUCCAUCUCAGCACAAUUGAUAGUGAAUGUCUGUUCAAAUUGAUCAAUGUUGUCCUAGGAUGCCCUUGACUUUGACCUUUUGACCAACUUUUUUUAACUUUUAAAACUACAGAAAAUUUUACUAUGAGUACAGUUUUGAAAGCAUUUUUUUUUUUUGUCAGAUGACUUUUACUUGGCACAUAUUAAAAUAGUUCAUGCAACUAAUCUGCUUACAAUACUUUCUGGGCUCAGAUGUUGAACGUGCUACGUUUUCAGGUAACCCAAACACAAAACAUAAACUAUAUGUCUGUUGCCUUUUACCCAUACAUACAUGCUCUGGAUUGAUAUGACCACAAAAGCCAUGCCAGUAGAGCAUAGGCCCUUUUGGGCCUCUUGUUUGUAUAGAACUGGAAAUGACUGCCAUUUGUCUGCUUUUUUUCAAAUUUCAUAUUCCAGGUUUAACCUUUUGCCUAUCUGUUCCAACAAUUUCAUCAAAGUCAUAAAUAGAUGGAAGGCAAAUUCACAAGCAAUGUAUGUAAACCAUAGGCACAUCAAAUAUGGAAUAAUUGUAGAUAUUUCAUCUUGAACAUUCCUCUAAUGAAUAUCUCAAUAUUGCAUGUAUAUUGGAACAUAUCAGUAAAUCAAAUUUAUGAUUGAUUUGAUGAUUGAUUUUUGCCAUACCAAUAAUUUAUAGCACACCUGUGCAUAAAACACGCACAAGUGAGCUAUUGUAAUUAUGCCCCCUUCGAAGAAGAGGGGUAUAUUGCUUUGCACAGGCAUGUCGGUCGGUCGGUCGGUAUGUCGGUCAGUCGGUAGACCAAAGCUUGUCCGAGUGAUAACUCAACAAUUCCUGGACGUAUGGUCAUCAAACAUCACAUGAAGGUUGGACCUGACCAGUAGAUGACCCCUAUUGAUUUUGGGGGUCAUCGGGUCAAAGGUCAAGGUCACAGUGACCUUUAAUGGUAAAAUAAUUUUAAAGCUUGUCCGAGUGAUAAUUCAACAAUGCCUGCACCCAUGGCCCUCAAACUUGACAUGUAGGUUGGGCCUGACCAGUAGAUGACCCCUAUUGUUUUGGGGGUCAUCAGGCCAAAGGUCAAGGUCACAGUGACCUUGAAUGGUAAAAGGUCGUCCGAGUGAUAACUUGACAAUGCCUGCACCCAUGGCCCUCAAACUUGACUUGGAGGUUGGGCCUGACCAGUAGCUGACCCCUAUUGUUUUGGUGGCUCAUCGGGUCAAAGGUCAAGUUCACAGUGACCUUGAAUGGUAAAAGGUUGUCCGAGUGAUAACUCGACAAUGCCUGCACCCAUGGCCCUCAUAAUUGAAUUGGAGGUUGGGCCUGACCAGUAGAUGACCCCUAUUGUUGUUGGGGGUCAUCAGGCCAAAGGUCAAGGUCACAGUGACAUUGAAUGGUAAAAGGUUGUCCGAGAGAUAAUUCGACAAUGCCUGCACCCAUGGCCCUCAUAAUUGAAUUGGAGGUUGGGCCUUACCAGUAGAAGACCCCUAUUGUUUUUGGGGGUCAUCGGGCCAAAGGUCAAGGUCACAGUCACCUUGAAAGGUUAAAGGUUUUCUGUGUGAUAACUUAACAAUGCCUGCACCCAUGGCCCUCAAACUUGACUUGGAAUUGGGCCUGACCAGUACAUGACCCCUUUUGUGUUUGGGGGUCAUCUGGCCAAAGGUCAAGGUCACAGUCACCUUGAAUGGUAAAAGGUUGUCCGAGUGAUAACUCAACAAUGCCUGCACCCAUGGCCCUCAAACUUGACUUGGAGAAUUGGCCUGACCAGGAGAUGACCCCUAUGGUUUUUGGGGGUCAUCUGGCCAAAGGUCAAGGUCACAGUGACCUGGAAUGGUAAAAGGUUGUCCGAGUGAUAACUCGACAAUGCCUGCACCCAUGGCCCUCAAACUUGACUUGGAGGUUGGGCCUGGCCAGAAGAUGGUCCCUAUUGAUUUUAGGGGUCAUUGGGCUAAAGGUCAAGGUCACAGUGACCUGGAAUGGUAAAAGGUUAUCCGAGUGAUAACUCGACAAUGCCUGCACCCAUGGCCCUCAAACUUGACUUGGAGGUUGGGCCUGGCCAGAAGAUGGUCCCUAUUGAUUUUAGGGGUCAUUGGGCCAAAGGUCAAGGUCACAGUGACCUUGAAUGAUGAAAGGUUGUCCGAGUGAUAACUGAACAAUGCCUGCACCCAUGGCCCUCAAACUUGACAUGGAGGUUGGGGCUGACCAGUAGAUGACCCCUAUUGAUUUUAGGGGUCAAAGGUCAAGGUCACAGUGACCUUCAAAGCAAACUCAACAAUUCCUGGACCUAUGGUCAUCAAACUUGACAUGAAGGUUGGGCCUGCCCAGUAGAUGACCCCUAUCAACUUUGGGGGUCAUCAGGCCAAGGUCAAUGUCACAGUAACCUUUAACGCAAAAAAAGUUAACAAAUCUUCUCCCACUGAUAUCUCAACAAUGCCUGAACCUAUGGUCAUUAAACUUGACAUGGAUGUUAAGCCUGACCAGUAGAUCACCCUUAUUGAUUUUAGGAUUCAUAGAGCCAAAGGUCAAGGUCACAGUGAUCUUGAAUGGUAAAAGGUUGUCCGAGUGAUAACUCAACAAUGCCUGAACCCAUGGCCUUCAAACUUAACUUGGAGUUGCAUCUGACUUGUAGAUGACCCCUUAUGAUUUAAGGGGUCAUUGGGUCAAAGGUCAAGGUCACAGUGACCUUGAACGAAAAAAACUUGUCUGUGUGAUAACUUGACAAUGCCUGCACCCAUGGCCCUCGAACUUGACAUUUAUGUUUCUGGUGACCAGCUGAUGACUCUGGAUUUUGAGUUCAUAGAGUAAAAGGUCAUGGUCAUAACACACUCUAUCCUCACACUUUAAUGGUCAUAAUCUUAAAACUGCCUUAACGGCAACAAAUCAGCUGUCAUUUCGGUCCAUGCAUAUUUCAUUCAAUUGUCCAUAUAUUCCUGACAACAUGGCGCUCAGGGGGGGGGGGGCAUAAUGUUUAACAAACAUCUCUUGUUGGUAUUUGUUUUUUGUGUGUUGUUCAUUGUCAACAUUUUAUUGGUGAACACUUGCAUUCAGAUGAUUCUAUUUUUUAUCCAUUCUUCAUGAAAUUUGUCAGCACUCUUUGAAAUGUAGGUCAUGCAUGGUAAAUAAAUUUAUCUGUUGAUGAAUAUAUACAUGUUCAAGCUGUUUUGAGGGCUUGUUUUUUUGUAUUUAAAACUAUGGUACUCAGUGAAGCAAUAAAGGGCCUGAAUGCCCUCUUGUUCAUGAACUUGAUUUUUUUUGUUAUUUCUUACAAUAGGAUUCUUAAGAUAAAUUCCAAAUAUUUCUUCAUUAUGUUUUAUCCGGUGAUUUGUUCAUGAUUAUGGAUUUGUUUAAAAAUAUUUUUAGAUUCCUUAAUAUAAAGCCUAUACUUUGCAUAAUUUUACAAAUAGUGCAAAACUAGUUACGGUUAUUCAAAUUGAUUCUGGUAUCACCCUUGUGUACUAAAAUGUUUGAAAAAUCAGAUAAAUUGAGAAAAAGAGACAUCUUGACCCAGUACACUUAAUGACUUAAUGAUCUGUUGACAGGACCCAUAUUGACAUUAUAUUGUUCUACUACUAGAAUCAGCUUCCAUCAUGAAUAUUGGUGUGUAUUCAGCUUGUUUUUUAGCAGAUAUUAUAUUUUGCUUAUGUAUUCUGUGUGAUUCUUGUUUUGUUGCUGUUAAACAAUAAAAUUGAUAA